UUUAUCCGUACAGAGCAAGAACUGCUCGCCCUCCCACUGAGUAUACAAUUGCAGUCUGCACACCGCUAAUAAAAUGGCUUCGCAAGAUCACCACCACCAUCACCAUGACCAUCAGCAUCAAGAUCACGCUAAUCCGACGAAUUCAUGGGUAGGUGAAGACGGGAAGGUGUACCAUAGCCAUGAUGGAUUGGCACCACACUCACACGAGCCCAUAUACUCUCCUGGAUACUUCAGCAGAAGAGCUCCGCCACUGGUCACUAGGGAUUUCAAUGAGAGAGCUUUCACUGUUGGUAUUGGCGGCCCUGUCGGUACUGGGAAAACGGCAUUGAUGCUGGCUUUGUGUAGAUAUUUAAGGGACAAAUACAGUCUUGCUGCAGUGACAAAUGAUAUAUUCACGAAGGAGGAUGGUGAGUUCUUGGUUAAGAAUGGGGCACUUCCUGAAGAAAGAAUACGUGCUGUAGAAACUGGAGGAUGUCCCCAUGCUGCAAUUCGUGAAGACAUCAGCAUCAAUCUUGGCCCUCUUGAGGAACUUUCUAACUUAUACAAAACAGACAUACUUCUUUGUGAAUCUGGUGGAGAUAACUUAGCUGCCAACUUCAGCAGGGAGCUGGCUGAUUACAUUAUUUACAUAAUAGAUGUAUCUGGCGGUGAUAAAAUUCCUCGAAAAGGGGGGCCAGGCAUUACCCAGGCUGAUCUCCUUGUAAUAAACAAAACAGACCUUGCACCGGCAGUUGGAGCUGACUUAGGAGUCAUGGAACGGGAUGCUCUCCGCAUGCGUGAUGGAGGCCCAUUUGUCUUCGCUCAGGUGAAGCAUGGGGUUGGUGUGGCAGAAAUUGUGAACCACGUUUUACAGGCUUGGGAAGUCGCAACCGGGAAGAAACAACACUGAAUUUCUCUGCUAAAGCCGGCUUAUUAUGUUGUACCUUAUUUUCCCUAAAACGCAUCCUGAUGCAUUUUGCAAUAAAUAAGUUGGUUUGAGUUCAGUUCCACUUGUGAACAAGGUCUGUGAACUGCAAAUCAGUUGUAUUUGAGCUGGCUAAGACAAAAGAAGUUGGGUACAAGGUUUCCAUUUUCGGAUAU